GCAGAGGCGCGGCGGCAGCAGCGGAGGCGGGACUAAGGCGGGGCCAGGUUGCACCGCGCCAGGCAAGAUGGCGGCCAUGGAGGCCGAGUUGGCGCUGUUGACCCUGGAGUCGCUGCCUACAGACCCUUUGCUCCUCAUUUUAUCCUUUCUGGACUACCGGGACCUUAUCAAUUGUUGCUAUGUGAGUCGAAGACUUAACCAGCUGUCAAGUCAUGAUCCACUCUGGAGAAGACACUGCAAAAAAUACUGGCUGAUCUCCGAGGAGGAAAAAACACAGAAGAACCAGUGUUGGAAAUCUCUCUUCAUAGAUACUUAUUCUGAUGUAGGAAGAUACAUUGACCAUUAUGCUGCUAUUAAAAAGGCCUGGGAUGAUCUCAAGAAAUAUUUGGAGCCCAGGUGUCCUCGGAUGGUUUUAUCUCUGAAAGAGGGUGCACGGGAGGAAGACCUAGACGCAGUGGAGGCUCAGAUUGGCUGCAAGCUUCCUGAUGAUUAUCGGUGUUCAUACCGCAUCCACAAUGGACAGAAGUUGGUGGUUCCUGGGUUGUUGGGAAGUAUGGCGCUGUCAAAUCACUAUCGUUCUGAAGAUUUGUUAGACGUCGACACAGCUGCUGGAGGCUUCCAGCAGAGGCAGGGGCUGAAAUACUGCCUCCCUUUGACCUUUUGCAUCCAUACUGGUUUGAGUCAGUACCUAGCUGUGGAAGCAGCAGAGGGCCGAAACAAAAAUGAAGUUUUCUACCAGUGUCCAGACCAAAUGGCUCGGGAUCCAGCUGCUAUUGACAUGUUUAUCAUAGGUGCUACUUUUACUGACUGGUUUACCUCUUAUGUCAGCAAUGUUGUAUCAGGUGGCUUCCCCAUCAUCAGAGACCAAAUUUUCAGGUAUGUUCAUGACCCAGAGUGUGUAGCCACCACUGGGGAUAUUACAGUUUCUGUUUCCACAUCGUUUCUGCCAGAACUCAGCUCUGUGCACCCACCCCACUAUUUCUUCACAUACCGAAUCAGGAUUGAAAUGUCAAAGGAUGCACUUCCUGAGAAGGCUUGUCAGCUGGACAGUCGCUACUGGAGAAUAACAAAUGCUAAAGGAGAUGUAGAAGAAGUUCAGGGACCUGGAGUCGUUGGUGAAUUUCCAAUCAUCAGCCCAGGUCGGGUAUAUGAAUAUACAAGCUGUACCACAUUCUCUACAACAUCAGGAUAUAUGGAAGGAUAUUACACCUUUCAUUUUCUUUAUUUUAAAGACAAGAUCUUUAAUGUUGCCAUUCCUCGAUUCCACAUGGCAUGUCCGACAUUCAGGGUGUCUAUAGCCCGAUUGUUUUGAUAAUUUGUGCCUUUCAAGGAAUUUGUCCAUUUCAUCUAAAUGUUGAUUUAUUGGCGUAAAGUUAUUUACAGUAUUCCCUUGAUAUCCUUUUAAUGGCUACAAGAGCUAUAGUCACAUGUCCUCUUUUUGUUCUUAAUAUUGGUAACAUAUCUUCUUUGUUCAUCACAUGAUUAUUAUCACUUUUGUUGAUCACUUAAAGGAACAACUUGGGAUUUCACUGAUUUUUCUCUGUUGUUUAUUUUCCAUUGCUUUGAUUUCUGUAGUUGUCUUUCUCUUCUACUUACUUUGGUUUUAAUUUGUUUUUCUUCUAGCUUUAUAAGAUAGAUACUAUUAGACUUUUCAUCCCUCUAAGCACUGCUUUAGCUGUAUUUCACAAAUUUUGAUGUGUUUUUGUUAACAUUUAGUUCAAAAUAGUCUCAGACCUCGUUUGUAACUUUGGUCCAUGAUUUUUCCAGAAAUGUAUUAAUUUCCAAAUAUUUCAGAACUUUUCAGUUAUCUUUUGGCUAUUGAUUUCUAAUUUUAUUGUGAUAAAAGAAUUUACUCUGUAUUUUUCAGUACUUUUAUAUGAUUUGUGAUUCAACAUGUGAAGAAUUUACGUAUCUGGAUCAAUGAUCUUUGUGUGUUUACAAAGAAUGUAUAGUCUGCCAUUGGGGGAAUAUUAUUCUAUAAAUACAGAUCAAAGUGAUUGGUUGGUAGACAGUGUUUUUUAAGUCAUCUGUAUAUUUAUGCUUUUUCCAGUCUUUGUUCUGUCUACUACUGAAAAGGUGAUUGUUGAAAUUUCCAAAAUUGUGGCUUUGUUGGAUUUAGUUCCAUCAGAUUUGCCUCAUGUAUUUGGAAGCUUUAUAAUUGUUUAUAAAUAUGUUUAGGAUUUUUUUUGUUGUUGUUGUUUUGUUUUGUUUUUUUGAGGAAGUCGUUCUUUUAUCAUUGCCUCUUCAUCUCUGAUAACAUUCCUUGUCCUAAAGUUUAAAGAAUACUGAGGUUUGUUUAGGCAGGGAGUGGAGCUCCUGUUGGGUCAGGGUGAUGCUUUUGAGGCUUGUUUUUCACACCAGGGUAGAUGGAAAAGAGUUUAGUUAAGGACAGUGGAUCGCAAGCAUUCCAGUCUCAUGGUCCCCUUGGAGGUUUAGAACUUAUUGAGGAAUCCAAAGAAUUCUUGUUUACAUGGGCUGUGUCAGUAUUUACCAUAUUAGAAAUUGAAAUUGAAAAACCCUGUUAUAUGUUCAACCGCCUCUUAAUUAUGUAUUUAUUAGAGUUUAGUUUUCUCCUGACCACAAGUAAACAUUUUCUUGACCUGCCUUAAAAUGCCUUCUGUAAAGGUGAGAAAUCAAUAAACAGAAAAGAGAAUUCUGGACUUCAACAUAAAAAAGGCAAUGGGGGUUGUAUUUGUCAGUUUGUUGCCUGUUUCUUUAUUAGUGUUCUUGAUAUGGAAAUUGAAUCCUUCUGUUUUGUCCUCUACCAGUAUGCUUUCAUACUUCCUUUUUCUUUGUACUUUGCCACUUCAAAAAACACUGUUUGCUUAGUCACAUGCCUUUGCCUGGUCUAGUGGGAUUGUUUAUUGUGCUUGUUUGAUGGCCUUGUUUGAGGCUCUUGCUGCUUACUUAUUUUCAUCCUUGUCCUUUGUUCCUCUUUCCAUCUGCUGUGAAUAUAUGUAAACUGUAUCUCUAUAACCCUGCUGUUAGACAUACUGAUUCCUCCAACAGUUUUCUUCAUUAACAUAAUUAAUAAUCACACAGCUGGACAUCAUUUUUUAACAUUUCCAAAAUCUUUGCCUUCCCACCUUUUGGACCUUUUUACUGAAUCUUAAAGCUUUCAUUCUUUAACUUAAAAAUAUAUAUUUAUGUCCAAAGAUACAAAUAACGAAAUAUGUUAUAAGUUGUACCUCUAUAGUCUGAUUAUUAUUAUGUUAUAAAUGCUAAGUGGCACAGUUUUCUUUCUUUUACAUUAAUUCAUUUGUUCCUUCAACAAAUGUUGAGUGCUAUAUUAAUAAUACAGUCAAACCCUGUCUUAGAAUUUAUGUUCUACUUGAGACAAAAUAUAACAAACAGUAUGUACUCUUGCCAAACAGUAACAAAUAUUAUGGGAAAAAAAAUCAAAGUACAGGAGAAGAAAGUGUCUGUUGGGUUCUGCUGGAAAGAUGUGUUAGAAAAGGCCAUGGUCUGUGUAAAUUAAUGUGCAGAAGACCCGGAGGGAGCAAGGUAGAUAUCCUGAAGGGGAGAGUGUUCAGCGGAAGUAGCAAAGGCAGAGCUUAACAUAGGUGUGUGCUUGGUUUGGAAACAGGAGGCUGGUGUAGCUGUGGUGCAGCAGGUGAGGGGGAGAGCAGUGGAGAUGAGAUUAGAGGCAUGGUGGGGUGCUGGGUCACAUGGUGCCAUGAAAGCCUUGGUGGAAGGGCUUUUGCUGGCAUCCUGCUCCAAGUGUCCCAGUGCUUCUCAGAUUACCAACUAGGUCCAAUAUAGCAAUGCUUCUCAUUUGAGUCUUUAAUUGUGUGGGACAGAAUAUUGGCAAGCAGUUAAAGGAAGGCUGAAUUAGAGGCAGUGCUUAAGCAGAACUAAAGUUUCUAAGAGAUCCUCAGAUAUCUUGUGUUCCGCACUACUACUUCCUCUUCUAAGUUUUCAACAAGUGAAUUUAGAGGUUACCGUUUUCCUACAGUGUGGACUGAUUAGUGAUACUAGUGAAUUGGCUAAAUGACACUGAUUUCUGAGGCUAAGUUAGAAAAAGGCAGUAUGCCUUCAACCUAGCUCUCUCCUCGAAUGUGCCUCUGGUGUUCUGAGCUACCUGCCAUAUAAGAAGCCCAGCUACCAUGAAGCCGCCAUGUUGCAGAAACUAUGUAGAGAUGCUACAUAAAGAAAAAGGCACACAGGAGACCCAGCCGGUUCAGUCUGCAGAUGUGUGGAUCGUCCCAGCCCUGGUACCAGAUGUGAGUGAAGAAACCUCCAAGUGAUGCCAGUCCCAGCCACCUGACAACAAUGUCACGAGAGACCUCCUGCCAGAACUGCCCCAUUAAGACCUUCCCAGAUACCCAACCCACAAGAACCAGGAGAGAUCAUAAGUGACUGUUGUUUGAGCCACUGAAACAAUAAAAAUAUUUUUUUUAAAGUA